GCCACACGUGGUCGCUGUUUGCCAUUGCCAGAGCCAAUUUCCCCUCUCCUCUCCUCCCUCUCCAAAGCGUCUCUCACCGCGCCUUCGAUACCGUGUGAUCAUCAGUAGCAGCACUGAAAGUGGAGGAACCGUCCAGCAAACAGCCGACCAUCACAGCCAAAAUACAACCCAAACGAUGACCUUCCUACAGAUACGACAAAAGCAAACAAUUAUUUGACAUCUUCCGACCGCACACCUUGCCUCCGCCGCUCCUUGCUGUAAGCGCCCCGCUCCAACUCUACAUCCUUUCCCCCCAGCCUCUCGGCCCUCCAGCAGGACCAUGAUGCUCAGCAGCUCUGUGGAGGUGCCCAGCCCGGGUGGGAUGAACGGUCUCAGCGGCCUCAGUGGUCUGAGUGCGGCGGCUCGUAACGUGGUGCGCUCCUCCAGCAUCUCGGGGACGAUGUACAACGUGGAGAAGACUCCCGGCGGCGGGGGGGCGGACUCCACGUCAAUUGCUGGAAACAAGAAGCGGCGCUCCAGCCUCGGCGCCAAGAUGGUGGCCAUUGUGGGGUUGUCGCAGUGGAGCAAGAGCACACUGCAGCUCAACCAGCAAG